AAAAAAUAAAAAAUAAAAAACUCUCCUUAUUUCUGUGGGUCACUUUGAUUUGUAGAUGGACAUAGAGAUGGGGAUGUUGAUGGAUAUGUUGGUUUCCUUGCCUCUCUAAGGCAGUCUUACAACCGCUUCAUAAAAGAUCUCUCCAGACAGUGCAAACAGCUUCUUAGGCACCAUCUUGAUUCAGUUACUAGUCCAUAUUCUCAGGUCUGCUAUGAGGACUUCUUGGGUACUUUUGGAGCUGGUUCAAACACUAUAUACAACUUGAAUCAAGCCUCAGCUGGUUCAUUUUGUCUUGAACUUUCCGAUGGCGGGCCUUCAUUGCGCAGUGAAGUCAUACCAAAAGACCAAGAAAAUGUGCCUCCUGAAAAGAAUGGGCAGGAAACAACACCCGGAAAAAUUGGGGAGGCCAGAGAUGCGCUUCGUGAAUGUCAAAUGACUGUACCAGAGACUCCAUCUCCUGAUCAACCUUGUGAUGCCAACUAUGGAGUAAAAAAAGAACUUGUGAAUUGCGAUGUUGGAGCAAGAAAACGGCAGUCUAGACUGAUUGGCAGUAACAAAAAUCCUGAUAAUUUGAGGGGCCAAAAUGUAAGCCUCUUGUUUGGAAGUGGGGAUACUAAUUCAAGAUCAGCCUCACCUUAUGCAGAGAUCUGUUCACUAGCUGCAAAACAUUUUGCCAGAAUGCGCGACGUUCUGGUUGAGCAAAGUGUGUCAUCUACUUUGAACUCUGGCUUUCUUACUCCUUGUCGGGAGAGGCUCUUCGUGGCACUUGGAUUGGAUUUGUUUGCUGUCAAUGAUGAGAAAUUCAUGGACAUGUUUGUUUCCCCUGGAUCAAUUGAUAUCCUUCAGAAUGAACGCCAAUCCCUUCAGAAGCGACAAAAGAUGCUACAUAGUUGCUUGAGUGAGUUCAAAAGUGUGGCUAGAGGACUUUGAUAGAGAUCCAUCCUUCACGGCCUGGAUUGCUCUGAUGGUUGAUCCACUUCCGGGCUUCACUUCUUGUGAAACCAUUAUGCCAUUGCCAGCAACAUCUUGUGACACUGAGUUGAUUCUUUUCAGGUUGUUCAAAUGCCCUCAUGCUAUAACGAUCUGAUAAUUUUCCUAGUCUUGUUGCUGCACACCAAAGUGGUUAUUAGUGUGAAGGUGUCGUAACUGAAAAUCCAGCUGGUUGAAGCAGUUAAUUGCUUGUCACCCCCGAGUCUACUACCUAGAAGGCUUCAAGUGGUUACCAUCAUGAUGCACCUUGAACCUCUAUGCCCAUUUGUGUACCUUAGUUAAUGAAACAAUCAUGUUGUUAUUUAACUCCUCACCUCAAUAGCUUGUUUGAACAGAAUGUACAAUUAACCAGGGAUGUGAGAGUAUGAUUUUACCUUGGAAUUUUAUGGUUUUUGAACAUGUAUAA